UUUGUUUUUAAUUGUGAUUAGAUUUUUUUGGUUAUUUUUCUAGUUUCGUCUUCAAUUGAUUGAUCUGUCUAAUAUUUGAGAUGGUGCUGUAUUGUCUCUUAAGGACUGCUUUGCCUACAUCUCAAAAGAUUUCAUUAUCUUGUCUCAUUUUCAUUUUCUUUUAUGAAAUUUUCAUGCUUUCCUAUAAUUUGUUCUUGGACCCUUUAAUGAUCAUUUUUAUCGUGUUUUAGCCAGUAAAAGAUGUGCAUAAUAUUCUUUUUAUCACUUGUUGAUAAGGUUUUUAUACCCUGGCAUAUGGUCAGUUUUUGAAAAUUUCUCAUGUCCUUGCUUUCUUUCCUGUGUACGUUUCAUUGCACUUUCCUAGGUUGGAGGUCUCCAAGUCUAGUCUGCUUUGCUCUUUGCCCUUUUUCUAUACUUUAUGCACAAGUGCAUAUACAAGGUGUCCCCAGAAUCUUAGUGUCUUUACAGCUUUUACACUUUAAUCAACUGGAGUGCCUUUAAGCAUAACAUUCCUUUCCUGCUUGUUGCUUUUCCCCAUGACUAUUUUUACUGUUGCUUUGUCCGAAACCAUGAAUUCUUCUCCCUACAAAUAUAAGUGAAAUUUUCUAUAACCGCUUUUAACUCUGAUUUUUUGUUUGUUUCUUUCGAAUACAUUUCUUUUAAACAGAUUGUUGGAUCUUGCUUCUUGAACCAUCCUACCACCUUCCUGUGUUACGAAUACAGUCAUCUCAUCCACAUUUAUUGUUUUGACUGUUUGUUUCAUAUUUUUCUCCAUUGUAUCCUGUUAUCCUCCCUUUCUUCAUGAAGAAUGUGAUUACAGCUGGCAAUCUAUAAUUGAAGUGAUUUUCUCCCACUUUCCUACCCUAGUUCUUCCUUUCCUUUAGAAAUAGUAGCCUAUUUUGGCUCGAUAUUGGGGAAAACGUCCUAAUAAUCAGGGCUAAAAUGGAGUGGACCCUCUCCGAAUGCAUACCUUCCCUUUGUGGGGCACAGUGUAGGGGGGAUUCCUGGAGGGGGCUCCCAGGUUGGUCUAGAUCAGAGGUGUCAAACAUGUAUUCCACAACACUGGGUGUGGCCAAACCCUAUUAAAAUGUAAUUGGAGGGCUGAUGGGAGAGAGCUGGGCCUGGAGAGGAGAGGUCAAAUCUGGCCUCUGGGCCUCCCUUCUGGACGACUUGGUCCCAUUCCCCAGCCCUUACCACUCUGCCCUGGAACCUCAUUUAGUGUUGAUUCUUAGACAGAAGGGAAAGUUCUAAAAAAUGUAAUUGGGGACUAAUUAACAAAAUAAGUAAACGUUUGGUAAAUCACAGAUGAUAUUACAUUUUAAAUCCAAGUCAGUAGGCCAGCUCUCAGAGAUGCUAAUGUCUAAUUGGUUGGCUCCCUUUUUUAUUCGAACUUGACAGCGCUGGACUUCCUGGAUGGCUCCAGAGGCUCUUUUCAACCAAGAAAAUCUGUGACACAGUGAUGGUGUCUGAGAGCAUACACAGCACCCAUGGCCUAACUCUUCCAAGAGGAGGAAAAUACGUUAGUGUCAUCUGUUCACUAAAUCAAGUCUGACUGGUUACUGUAUUUGAUAAAAGUUCAAGCACCUUUGGGUGCUCUGUUUUUUAAACCCUUACCUUCCAUUCUAGAAUCAGUACUAUGUAAAGGUUAGGCAACUUGCCCAGGAUCACACAGCUAGGAAGUGACCGAAGCCAGAUUUGAACUCAGGACCUCCUGUCUCUGGCCCUGGCUCUCUAUCCACUACGCUACCCAGCUUCCCCCUGCAUUGUUAUUUCUUAAAGAGGACGUUAAAAAAAAAAGUGAUAUAGUUUAGGGCACGAGGUAAGUCUUUGGGGCACAAAGAGACUCCUGUGUCCAAAUUUUCCCGUGAAUUUGAACACGAUCUUUUACCUCUUUGGGAGUGGUGAGCUUGUCUGUUUCUCCAUCCAUUCCUCUUUUCAAAGUGCCUAAAGAGCCAAGAAUGAAAAGUCCUAAAUAAUCCUUACAUGAUAUUAGUAUUAUCUAUAAUGUGGUUCUUUUAGUACUUUGUCUGGUUUCUGGGCUCUCUGAAAAUUAAGCACAUAAAAUAAAUUUGACUUGGUCCCUUUCGAUUUGCCCCUUUCCCCCACUGCUCCGGUUUUGCCUCUUGGGUUUGAAUCCUGCCAAAACUGAAGGCAGAAUGAUUCCAGAUGAACAAAUAGAGUUUUAAAGUCAUUUGAAAUAAAAUAUUCCCUGCCCUAGUCAAUAGUUCUUUCUACUUCUUUCAGGAGCCUGGGCCUGCCAAGAUGGCUGUCACCAGCAGCAACAUUCCCAGCGCGGAAAAAAUCCCCACCACCAAGUCUACACUCUGGCAGGAGGAGAUUAGGGCCAAGGACCAGCCAGAUGGGAGUACCCUUAGCCCAGUACAGAGUUCUGGAUCCAGUCAAGUCCUCCCAGCCAGCUCACUGAAAGAACCUGGGCUGGAAAACAAAGAAGAGGAGAGUGCCAUGAACGGUGACCGAGUAGACUGUGGACGGAAGGCCAGAGUGGAGAGUGGCUACUUUUCCCUGGAGAAGACGAAGCAGGACCUGAAGGCGGAAGAGCAGCAGCUGCCACCGCCGCCAUCCCCUCCCAGCCCCAGCGUCCCCCAUAACAGGAGGUCGCAGGUGAUUGAGAAAUUUGAGGCCCUGGACAUUGAGAAGGCUGAGCACAUGGAGACCAACCUGUCCGCCGGCCCCGUGACGUCGAGCGACACGCGCCAGGGCCGAAGCGAGAAGAGAGUGUUCCCCAGGAAGCGGGACUGCACCGCAGAAGCUAUGGCCUCCCCCGCUGGCUCCAUCCCAGAUGUUUCCGCUUCUCCCCUGUCUCCGCACCGAAGAGCCAAGUCACUGGAUAGAAGGUCCACAGAGUCCUCCAUGACGCCUGACCUGCUGAACUUCAAGAAAGGCUGGCUGACCAAGCAGUAUGAGGACGGCCAGUGGAAGAAGCACUGGUUUGUCCUGGCGGAUCAGAGCCUGAGAUACUACAGGGAUUCGGUGGCCGAGGAGGCAGCUGAUUUGGAUGGUGAGAUUGACUUGUCUACCUGCUAUAAUGUCACUGAAUAUCCGGUCCAGAGAAACUAUGGCUUCCAGAUCCAUACAAAAGAGGGAGAGUUCACCCUUUCUGCCAUGACUUCUGGAAUUCGACGGAAUUGGAUCCAGACCAUCAUGAAACAUGUACACCCAACCACUGCCCCCGAUGUCACUAGCUCCUUGCCCGAAGAGAAGAGCAAAGCCAACUCUUCCUUUGAGACCUGCCCAAAGCCAAGCGAGAAGCAGGACGUGGACCAAGUUGAAUUGGAUCCUGAGCAAAAACGGAGUCGUGCCCGGGAAAGGAGACGAGAGGGACGUUCUAAAACCUUCGACUGGGCCGAGUUCCGCCCGAUCCAGCAGGCCCUGGCUCAAGAAAGGGCCAAUGCCACAGAUUCCUCCAAGGCACGAGAACCUGGGAGUUCAGAAAUGGACCUAACGGACCUCGAGAAGGAGCGUGCGCGACGGAGAGAAGAGCGACGGAAACGCUUUGAGAUGAUCGAUUCCGUGGAUGGGCCGAGUGCGGAUGACACUAUCUUACGGAUGGAAGUGGACAGGAGCCCGGUGUUACCCGUGGCCACCGAGAUGAAGCCACAGAACGUCCAUGUGGAGAUUGAGCAGCGCUGGCAUCAGGUGGAAACUACGCCCCUUCGGGAGGAGAAACAAGUGCCCAUUGCCCCUCUGCACCUGUCGUCAGAAGACAGCAGCGACAGGCUUCCAACACAGGAGCUCACCUCCUUGUUGGAGAAAGAGCUGGAGCAGAGUCAGAAAGAAGCCUCUGAUCUCUUAGAACAGAACCGACUUUUGCAGGAUCAGCUAAAGGUGGCUUUGGGUCGGGAGCAGAGUGCCAGGGAGGGCUACGUGUUGCAGACUGAGGUGGCCACCUCACCAUCCGGUGCCUGGCAGAGGCUCCAUAAAGUCAAUCAAGAUCUCCAAAAUGAGCUUGAAACUCAAUGCCAGCGCCAGGAGUUGAUCAAUCAUCAAAUUCAGUCUCUGAAACGUAGUUACGGGGAGGCAAAGGACAUCAUCCGGCACCAUGAGGCUGAAAUCCAAAGGUUGCAGGCAAGACUGAGCAACGCUGCCGCAGAGCUAUCUAUCAAAGAGCAGACUCUGGCCAAGCUCAAGAGCGACUUGAAGAUGGAAAAGGAAAAAGUCACGGAGCAGCUGGAAGAGUGGCAGCAAAGUGAAAGCACCCUCAGUUUCCAGCUGAGGGUAAGUGAACAGCAGCUCCGAAGUGCAGAAGCCCUGCUCCUGGAGAAGACACAAGAACUGAGGGACCUAGAAAUGCAGCAGGCCUUACACCGCGACCAUCAGAAGGAGGUGCAGAGGCUCCAAGACAGAAUCGCCGACCUCAGCCAGCAGCUCGGGGCCAGGGAGCAGGCUCAGGCACUCAUGGAGGAGAAGCUGCAGAAGAAUUAUGAGCUUCUGUUGGAAAGCUGUGAGAAGGAAAAACAGGCUUUGCUGCAGAACCUGAAGGAGGUAGAGGAUAAGGCCUGUGAGUAUGAGGACCAGCUCCAAGACCAUGAGCAGCAGAUGGAAAUCCUUCAGAAGGAGAAGCUAAGUGCAAAGUUUGAAGGCAGUGAGAUCGUUCAUCAGCUGGAGGAGCAGCUGGAGAUGAAGGAGGCCAGCAUCCAGAAGCUCGCCGAACACAUCCAGAGUCUUCAGGAGGAACGAGACGAAAUUAAGCAACGGUUCUCAGAGCUGAUGAAUCAGGUUGCAGAGUCUGACAGCAAAGUGGCUAAACUACAAGAAAAACUGAAGUCCUGGGAGGUGGAUUAUCAGACUCUGGAGCACUCUUAUCAGAAAGUGUUGGCUCAGUUCCAGGGCGUGCACACGGUCCUGAAGGAAAAGGAAGAUGAACUGCAACACAUCAAGGAAAUGCAUGAGAAAAUUCUGGAAAAGAAAGACCAGGACCUCCAUGAGGCUCUGGUGAAAAUGGCUGCUUUGGGGGGCAGCCUGGAAGAAACAGAAAUUAAGCUCUUCCGUGCAAAGGAGGAGCUGUUAAGAAAGGCUAUAGACAGCAGCAGCAAGGACCCGGAAGAGCCAUGUGCUAGGCUGGACCUGCAGGAGGACAGCCCUGCCGAUCCGGGGCCACAUGUACAAGCUCCAGGAGUACUGCUGGGUCCUUGCCACCCACCCCUGCAAACUGAAGACGUUGGUCAGAGGGAAGUGUGUGGCGAGCCCUCUGAGCGAGGCCCGGAAGAAGGCACAGCCACGCUCAAGCCAACAGAGCCUCAAGACCAACAGGGCUAUCAGAAAACUAUUGGGAAACCUGAUGGGGGGGCCCCAGGGGCGAAAAGGCAGAGAAUUCGCUUUUCUAGCAUCCAAUGCCAGAAAUACAUUCAUCCAGAAGGGUCGGAGAAGAACUGGACGAGUAGCACAUCUUCAGACACCAGCCAGGAUCGGUCCCUCUCCGAGGAGAGCAUGUCGUCAGAGCCUGUGGCGAGCUGUCUCUCUUCUGGAGUUAGCGACCCUGAAACUUAUCUUUCCAUUAUACAUUCCUUGGAAACCAAACUCUAUAUAACUGAGGAAAAGCUCAAAGAUGUGACCAUGAAACUGGAGAGUCAGCAAGGCCAAAAUCAGGAGACAUUAAUCGCCCUUCACCACCAGUGGGCUGGUACAGAAUCACAGCUUCACGAACAGUUACAAGCUAGUUUGUCUCAAGUUGGUGCCUUGGUUUCCCAGCUGGAAAACGAAAGGCAAGAAAAGCUGAAGAUGGUAGAAAACCACGUUGGUGAGCUGGGGGACUUCCAAAUAAAAAACAGUCAGGCCCUAACCUGCUUGGAGAAAUGCAGGGAACAGCUAAGAUCUUUGCCAAAGGCUGAAAAAGAACAAGAACGAGACUUGUGUACGGCCACUUUGGCCAGCCUAGAGACCACUUUAUCAAAUGCGAUUCGGGUCUUACAUCAUUUGCCAUCCUCUGCAAAUGGCACGGGUCCAGCUCAUCUUGGAGAAGGCACUUCACUAAAUGAAGGUAAAUCCACUUUACAGGUACAACCCCAGGUCCUUGAACUGACGGAACAAGAGCAGUUGAGGUCGCUUUCUCAGAGAAUAGCUUUCGAAGCUUCCUUAAUAAAUCAGAUAGCCGAGUCCUUAAAAAAUGCCAAUUCCGAUAUUUCCCAAAUCCUCCAAGAGAUUUAUGUGACAGCAAAGGGGGCAAUGGAACCCACCCACGUGGUUAACACGGCCGCGACUUUAGCAGACACCCUGUCUAAAAAACUAUUACUGGAAGGUGAGUUUUGGAACCAGGUAGAGGAGCUGAGUAAGCAUCUAGAACCACACAGGGAAGGGGAAGCAAACAAACCAGAAGCCGGCCACUUCCGUUUUCCACAAGACCUUGUCACAGCAGUAGCAGAUACCACGCUGAUCAGGGCAGAGCUUGGCCUGACCGCGCAGUCCAUGAGGGAGUCAUUUUACCAAAAGCUGGAGAGUAUCGAAGACAACCUCAACAGGACCAGAAUUGCCCUUCGACAGCAUAAGUGUGCGCUGGGUGAAAUCCUGAAAGCCUACAGGACUCCUGAUUUUGAAAGGCUCAUGCAACAGAUUUCAGACACCUUCGGUUUUCCCGACAGCGUUACUCCAGGAGAGCUGCCAGGAGCUGGGGACUGGGGCUCGGCAGAGAUGCUGCCAUGUCCCGACGCGGGCGGAUCGCAGGAGUGCCCCGGCUUGCUGGAUCAGAGCAGGUCAGCCCUUCACGAGCAGAUUGCCCAGCAGCUGAAGGACAGAGCUCGUGUCUUAGAGGAAAUAGCGUCUGCUCUCUUAUCGCUUCCUACUGUGGAGUCCAUGAGUGAGUGUCGGCAGCUUCUCAAGGCUUCACAAAGCCUUUCCUAUUUCAGUUGCUUGAGUCACCUUGGCCAUUAUUCUUCUUUGUUAGUUCAAGAUGCAAUCAUUCAGGCUCAGGUUUGUUACUCAGUCUGCAAAAUGAGGCUAGAGUAUGAAAGAGAGCUCAGGUUUUAUAAAGAGUCCUGGAAGAACAGCACGGAGGCCUCGUCCCACAAACCGACACAGGCCUUUGCCGCCCUUCGGAUGGAAUAUGAGGAACUUCUUCACAAACAGAAAAGUGAGUACCUGGAAGUGAUUUCCAUUAUUGAAAGGGAAAACGAUGAGCUGAAAGCAAAAGUUGCUCAGCUGGACUGCCAGCAGCGGUGUUUGGAAGAAGUGGAAAGUAAACACAGCGAAAGCAUCUUUGCUCUGCAGGACAGAUACGAAGAGGAGAUCCGAAGUGUGGUGGAGCAGUUAAACAGCACCAAGAACACUUUGCAGGCUGAGAGAACCAGAGUCCUAAGUCAACUAGACGCCUCAGUGAAAGAUAAGCAGGAUAUGGAAAGGUUUCACGUAGAGCAAAUGCAGACCCUGGAGGACAAAUUUCAGCUGAAAAUAAAAGAAUUGCAGAUGAUUCAUGAAGAAGAACUUCGGACCUUGCAGGAACACUAUACGCAGAACUUGCAGUGUUUACAAGAAACGCUUAACCACUACCAAAGGCAGAACCCGGAAGUGCCGCCUUCCACAGAGCCCCAGAGCAUACAUCACAUGUGGCCCACAGACCAACUAGAUGGCGUGAUGCUAGUGACACAGGGUGAGCCUGAUUCUAUGACUGGGCUGAGAGAACGCAUCCGAGAGCUGGAGGCCAAGAUGAAUGCCAUGAGAGAAGAACUGGAACAUAAAGACCUGGAGGGAAAUGCCUCAACUCUGAGGGAAAAAUACCAAAAAGACUUUGAGAAUCUUAAGGCAACAUGUGAACGAGGGUUUGCUGCUAUGGAAGAGACACAUCAGAAGAAGAUAGAAGAUCUACAAAGGCAGCACCAGCGGGAACUGGAGAAACUGCGAGAAGAAAAAGACCGCCUGUUGGCAGAGGAAACAGCUGCUACUAUAUCAGCAAUUGAGGCCAUGAAGAACGCUCAUCGGGAAGAAAUGGAGCGGGAGCUGGAGAAAACCCAUCGCUCCCAGAUCAGCAGUGUCAAUUCAGAUAUUGAGGCUCUGAGGAGACAGUACCUGGAAGAGCUGCAAUCAGUCCAGCGGGAACUGGAAGUCCUUUCAGAACAGUACUCUCAAAAAUGCUUGGAAAAUGCUCACUUGGCUCAGGCUUUGGAGGCGGAGAGGCAGGCCCUUCGCCAGUGCCAGAGAGAAAACCAGGAGCUCAACGCACACAAUCAGGAGUUAAAUAACCGCCUGGCUGCGGAGAUCACUCGAUUACGAACGCUACUGACUGGGGAGGGUGGUGGAGAGGCUGCCGGUUCGCCUCUCACACAGGGCAAGGAUGCUUAUGAAUUAGAGGUCUUAUUGCGGGUCAAGGAGUCAGAAAUACAGUACCUGAAACAGGAAAUCAGCUCUCUCAAGGAUGAGCUACAGACAGCACUGAGGGACAAGAAAUAUGCUAGUGAUAAGUACAAAGAUAUCUACACGGAGUUGAGUAUUGUGAAGGCCAAGGCAGACUGUGAUAUUAGCAGGUUGAAAGAGCAGCUAAAGGCAGCCACAGAAGCACUGGGUGAAAAAUCUCCUGAAAAUACCACCGUGUCAGGAUACGAUAUCAUGAAAUCAAAAAGCAAUCCUGACUUUCUGAAGAAAGACAGAUCCAGUGUUAGCCGUCAAUUAAGGAAUAUCAGGUCAAAGAGUCUGAAGGAAGGCCUGACUGUGCAAGAACGUCUGAAACUCUUUGAAUCCAGGGACUUGAAGAAGGACUAAUUGUAUCCCAUUCAACUUGAACACACAUCCCACCUGGCUUGCAGCAGCACAACACAAGCGCUGAUUUUUGUCUGUACCGUAUUUUAUUAUUGUUAUUAUUAUUGUCAUCAUUAACUGUAUGGAUGGAUAAGAAGAGACUGAUUUAUGGAUAGUAGUUCACACCACUUCCUGCUGUGUUGAUUCCUUCAACUCCUCCCUCCCAACAUCUUAUCAAAUCUUUUCUUCCACUGUAUUCUAGAAUUAGUAAAUGAUUUAGGGGGGGAGGAAGGCGAACAAUCUAAUUUCCCUCCCACUCUAGAAACCUGUAUUAGAAUUCUUUACUUUACUGUAAUUCAUUACACUAAGUGUCAGUAUUAAGGCUCAGCAGCCUAUUGAUAAGCUAGCUCUGUCUUACCGAAUGUAUUGGUAUGGAAACAGGGCCCAGUUGGCGUAUCUAGCUCUGCUGCUAACUGGCAGUGGUUUGGUGCUUGUGUGCACUUUGAGCCAAGUACGCCAGGAGUUAGUCUUAACUCUUGUUUCUCUAAGGUAAAGCCUAAGGACAUUCUGUUUCUGCCUAGAUUUACAGCACUGACCUACUGGAGAGAACUUAAGAGGGGGAGUUGGAGAGGAGAGGUGGUUUGUAAUCCUGAUUCUGCCACUCUUGAUCUCAACUCUGAUCAAAGAUUUUUUGGGGGUGGGGGGAGUGGGAAGUGGAAAUGAUGGCAUUUUGUACUCCUUCUACUAAUGCAGCUUAGAACCACACAUCCCAGAAUAUUGUGGCAAAGUACUACACCAGAAUUGUUGAAACUGAUCGUUCCUAAUUCUUGUUUGUUUUUUUUUAAUUAAAUCUUGCACAAAACACUAGCUCCCCCUCUCAUUACUUCCUCCGAUCGUUCUUAUGGUAUUUUCAGUGACCACUUAUUUUUGAAAUAUGAUGGAGAUUUGCAUUGUGAGUCCUGCUAUCAGUGAAUUUUCUUAAUCACUCUGGGGAAAAAAAGGUAUCUGCUCUAAAAUUUUAACUUUUAAAAUGACUCCCCAUAUGAACCACAUCCAUGUAGUUUGUUGGAGGGAGGAGGUCGAAACACUCUACUGGAAUGUCAUUUUAAAGAAAAUUAUUCAUAAAUUCAACUGAGAUCAGUACUGAUUAUCCUCAUGUAUACUUAAAAAUACUAAUCAAAAUAAGAAAAUGCUAACAAUUUUGCAUGUCAUUUUAGUACUUUGUGAAUUAGACUGGAUUUGUUAAGAUCCAUUCAUAAUUCUUAGAAUAACCACUUUGAUUUUAAGAUUAAAUAAGACUUUACUCCAAGUGAGAACUGCUGCCUUUCAAAGUCACAAAAAUAAGGAAAGCCUGAAUUAAGAUCCUUAUGAUGGAUUCAUCUUUUUUCUUUCUUCUUAGAGCUUAUUUGACACUUACGUUGCUAAAGUCUUCUUUCAAAAUGUGUUUUAGCUUUAGAUGGCCCUAAUUGCUGUUUUUUUCUCCCUGGAAUUUGAACAAAGCUGAUCUGGCCACAGAACCUUUUACAGCCAGCUUCUGACAAAUGGGUAGGUGCUUUAAAAUAACAAAUAUGUACAUAUUAAAACCAUCCUGCUUAACUUGCUUUUAAAAAGAUCCAAUAAAGCAGGGUAAUCUGGAAAGCAAAAUAUGGAUGGAAAGAGUAGAAGAGGGAAGUGGCCUUUACUGGUAAACAUCCAACUUAUUGUCUUAUUUGAACACUUUAAACCUCCAAUCCCAUUCACACUUUCCUAUCUCCUGCCUUUCAGUAUCAUUAGUACUCUUCCAUCUUCUAAGUGAUUAACAGAGCCUAUGCCUGUCAUAUCACAGGAAAAGGUGAGUUUCUGUGCUACUUAUUGUAUGUAAUAGAAACAGAGAAUUAAAAGUUAUUAAAUUCUAUAAAAACAAGAAACCAUCUAGAGUGGCAGAGUUGCUGUAAAUGGAAAGUGGUGUGUGUGUGUGUGUGUGCGUGCGUGUGCGUGCGUGUGUGUGGUGUGCUUCACAUCACAUCUUUGGAUAUUCAGAGGCACAAGUUCCCUUUGUAAGCAGGAAACUAUUUCCUACGCUAUCCAAAAGAGUAUUUACUUGCAUCUGCUGCAAGUGGUAGUGGAAUCUCUGCUUCUGAAGCAGGCAGUUGAUAGAAGCAGUGUCCUUUUGCUUUCGGUGUGGUAUUCACAUCUGCCUCUUUGGGAACAGAUGAUCCUUCCGAGUUAGGCUUUCAACUAUCUUUGGACAAGGAGGAGUAUAGUUUGUUACUAGGAAGAAAAAUUAAAUCUGACUUGAGGCACUGCCAAGAAUAUUUAUAAUUUUCCUGUGUUGCAUGUUUUGUAGAUUUUAUUCUCUAAGAAAAUCAAUUUGCAUUUUGUUCUGCUGCUUCUAACACUGACGAAGUUUGACCUAAGCAGACUAAGUGAACAUAUUUGGAUUUUGUUUCUUUAGUUUCCCUGCCAAGUGAGAGAACAUGAAAUGCUGUCAUUUGAGCUUUUUUUUUUUCAUGCAUCUCUAAAAAAGUAGUUUAGUGUUUUAACUGGAAUACUUGUUUUACUGUCUAGUUAUAUGAAAAGAAGUAAGGUAUUUUGCUAAAUACUGAGAAAAUGAAAAUAAUAGAUCUCUUCUCUUAUGGCCUUUUCCUGCCUUAGAGUUCAAUUCAGUAAAACAAAUAGCUAUUAAGCACCUGCUUAAUGCAAGAAGAAACACUCCCUGUAUCAUUAAAUACUAUUGCAGUUAUUUUCUUUUUUUUUUUAACCCAUACCUUCCAUCUUGGAAUCAAUACUGGGUAUUGGUUCCAAGGCAGAAGAGUGGUAAGGACUAGGCAAUGGGGGUCAAGUGACUUGCCCAGGGUCACACAGCUGGGAAGUGGAUGUGGCCAGAUUUGAACCUAGGACCUCCUAUCUAUAGGCCUGGCUCUCAAUCCACUGAGCUACCCAGCUGCCCCCUGCAGUUAUUUUCUUGAUAAUCUCUUUUUUUUGCCUGAGAUAAAAUUUUUUGUGGAUGAUUUAUCACUCACCAAAGAUGCAAAAAAAAAUUUUAGUUAAAAUUCAAGCAAAUAAAAAGAAUGAUCUUAUUUCUUCUGUUAUCAGAUGAGGAUGGCGUGGAGAAAAUACAUACACAUCUAUAUCCUUUCCUAUACAGUUUCAUUUUCCUAGACUCCUAAGAGAUCAUGCUUUUUAAAAAAGCCAGCCUCCUCCAAUACUUUUAAUACAUCAAUCAAGGCUUCUGAAUCCAUUAGAUAACUAUUUAACAAGCUUAAUUCUAGAAAUUAUCCCCACCAAAAAAGAAUUCAUUAACUAAUUUUAUUACUAGUAGAGGAAAAGUGACUAUCCUUUGGGUGUUUGGUUUUUUUUAAGAUAACUACAAAAUAGUUACCUUCUGUGUUAUUCUAAAGAACCACAUUACUUGGUGGGAGUUGAAAAUGACAUAGGGCAUGAGGAAUGUGAGUCAGCAGACACAGGGUAGAUCCCUUUGGGAAAGCGAGUUAUGAUGAGAUGAGAAAGUAUAAGAUUAUUGAUGAGAUGGGUAGAGGCGUAGACACAAUGGCACUGAUGAUGAUAUACUGACCAUUCUGAAUCAUGUGGGUUGCUAUACUAAUCAGCAGAAAUGAGUAACUGAAACCAAAGUAGGGAGUUUCUUUUGGCCUAGUAAAUGAAAAUGAAGAGUCACUACUGUGUGCCCAAUAUAAAUGGUUGUUGCUCUCAAGUUAUCCACUCAGGAGGAGAGAACAGCAAGUUGCCUCAUAAGAAGCUUAAUAACACUAAAAACACAAAGCCAAAUAAAAGAAAUUAUGAUUUUAAGAAUCAGAGGUGUUUUCUUUAAAUUGGGUGUAAAACAUUUUUCAAAUUCUAAAGUUCCAAAUAAAUAUCAGCUAGCAUUAUUCGGUAAAUGGCAUUUGAUGAAAUGUAUUCCCUGCCAAAGCAGAUAUAGAAAUGUAAUUUGUAGCUUCUCGAAGAAUUUUAAGAACUAAACAUUCAACCCUUUACAACCCAAAUUAUAACCACAUCAAAAUCCUCGUUCUUUUAGACUCAAAUUUUACUAGGGAAGAAAGUGAAGGUAUUGCAGUGGAAGUCAGGGCUCUAGUCCCAGCUCCAUCACUAGCCAAGGGACUUUUUGAUGCAUAGUUUGAGGCGCUUUGAUUAAUAUUCUGUGAAUUCUCUAGAGUUCUUUAGCAUGAUGCUGAUUACCUACUAAAGAUGUAAGAAUAAGCCAAUGAUUCUCAUAGUUACCAACUAUCUUUCCAUAAUCUGAACCAGUCUAAUUAUUGAAUAACUUUAUGCUUCACCUCAAAGUUGUUAUUGGCAUGUUUAGUUAAAUAAACUUAACCAUUUAAAUAGGCAUUGAUACCAUAUGCAGAGAAACUUAAAAAGUAGGUAAUGAGAUCUAUAUUUCCUAUGUAUAAGUCAGUGUUAGCCAAGCUGAAAGUUACAAGAAGGAAAGGAAGAUAUCAAUACAAGUCCUUUAAUAAUAUUUAAUAGAAGCUACAUAAAUGUCAAAUUAACUACAGAUGAAAGUAAAGAUCCUUUAUGCCUUCUUCCCAAAAUAGAAGACUCAGUUCUUAGAAAUUAUAGUUAGCUUCACUGAUCCAGUAACCUCAGUCAGCCUGAAAUAAAGAUAUAGCCCCUGAACUAAAAGCAAGCAUCAAAAAAAAAUCGUAUCAUUUUUGCCCCCAAACAACAGAUGACAGAAGAAACACUGACCAGAAAAAGCAUAGCAGCCUUGUCUUUUUUUUUUUGCCACAGUAAACUCUCAAGGACACGACUGUGAUUAUUAUAUUCAAUGUUCUCUGUUUUCAAAGUCAAGGAAAAUAAUGCCAUUGUUAAUGAUAACAUUAAUAAAAAUUAAUACUUAGUGCUUUGGUAAACUAGAAAUUUCAUUUCCUAGGUCAAUGAGACAUUACAGCAUUGAACCUUAGAAUCUGUAGGUAAAAAUGGUUCACUCUUUAGUUUAGUCUUCGUAAUUUAAAUAAUCAUUAGUUGACUGAAAACACUUUUCUAUUUCAAAAAGAAACACAAAAUCUGUUUAUUGCUGAUAUCCACAUAAGCAGCCUAUUCAAGAAAUGAUUCAUACUUACUCAAAAGUUUUCCAUUUUACCUGCUAAUAAUUUCCCCUAGAAAGUAUUGUAAAGGGAUCCAAUAUAUUAGUUGUUCUGUUUCUAAAUUUCCUCCACUCUGGAAUUAAUUUUGUCAAUUUUCCAUUCUAUUAAGAUGGAAAAAUAUGCUGACUAAAAAUUAAUUUUUACUGUUCUUUUUCAUUCUUCCAAUAUGAAAUCUACAUUUCCAGUAUUCUUAGUGAAAAGUCAUCAUUUCCUCCUACUUUUAUUUUCAUAGAGACUCCACUGAUUCUUGUCUACAAGAAAACAGGAGUAACUUUUUUUAGGCUGCCCUUUUAGACUCAUUUAUGAUAAAUUACUGAAUAGUGAGCAGUUGCUUAUGGGUUUUCCAUUAACCUCAUGGUAUAUAAAACAAUAAGCAAGCUUGAAAUUCACCACCAUAACAAAUUUUUUUUCUCACAUCAAAAAAAUAGUCUUUUCUAUACCAUCUGUACCCCAAAAGCCUUUUUUAAAAAUUUAAGUUCAGAUACUCUUUUUCCUUCUGAACUCUGAAGUAGUUUAAAAAUAUUUAUAUGUAUAUAUAUAUAUAUAAAUCCAAUUUUCUCCUACACUUUCUCCCAAAAUAAAGAGUAUUCUGUAAUUCACUUGUUGUGCCCAGAUACCUAUUUCACAAUGGACUGGAUCAGUAUAGAAGCUGUUGUCUGAAAUGCCCAUAAAGGGUGAAACACAAUAUACAUUAUACACAUAAUGUAUACACAAUAUACAUACUGGUGGAAGAUUAUUCAUUUAUAUCCUUAUAAACUGUUCUUUUUUGCAAGUUUCUAAAUACUUUGCAUACUUAAAUAUUGAGGAGAACCAGAUUACCUAGUCUAGGAAAAAAUUGUUUUGAGUUCUUUGAUAGAAAGUUACAUGAAUUUGAAAUAUUAAAAAUAACAUUUGCAGGUUUUGUCUAACCCAGUGAUUUUUUAAAAGGGAUUUGGGGGGGGAGGGGGGCUUAGGAGCAAGUAUCCGUUUUUUAUUAUAAAGGAAAAGAAUUCCUUUCUGCUUCCUUAGCAAAAAAAUAAAAAAUAAAAACAACCCUUUCCAUGAUAGGCAAACUGCUGACAUGAAAGCAGCAUGAUGAAAUAUUUUGUUUAAAAUACAUCCUUGAUAGAAUUCCACUAGGCCACUGCAUUUCUGUGGCCAAUAUAGAGUACCUAUACUUUGUAAACAUUUACUUUCAUGCAUGCUCAUUAUAAAUUGCAUUUUCCUUUUUUUAAAGAUAGCUUUGUCUUCAAAAUAACUUAAAAUCUGUAUAGCAUUCAAAGCACACGCUGUAAAUAUUUAUUACUCGAAAGUUAGUAGAAGGGGUUUUGUGACUUUUUUUUUUUUACUCUAAUACAGAUGGUUCCUUUUUAAGAUUGGAAAAAAGCUCUGGGUGUGAUAUUGAAUGAACCCAGCAUUAUGAUAGUUUCCAAUGACUGUUAUAAAUAGCUUUUAAAAUUCUUUGCUGACAGUUGAUUUUCAAUAUACAUGUCACAUGUACAGUAUAUCUGAAAGUAUAAUCCUUUAUAAAGGCUGAUUAUUUCCAUUGAAAAGAAUUCAGUAAUGUUGUAUUUGAUAUAUAAGACAUUAACAACCCUCUUUGCAUAAAAUUUUUAAAAUUAAAAGUCAUGAGCAAAGAUAGUUACAAUGUGACAAAAACAUUUUUACAUAGUAACUUUAAAAAUCUUACAGGAGGGUAAAAUAUAUAGUUUUAACAUCAGGGAUGUAAUCAUAUCAUUUCUCUAACAUUUGAGAUUACUAAGUAGGGUUGUAGGAAAAGUAGAGUUGAACAAGAGAUUUAUUAAAUCUUCAGUUAUAAUGUUUAGUAAACACCAUGUUUUCAGCUGAAACUUACAUGUGUUGGCAUUAUUUCCAAUAAUAUGUUUGAUGUCGUAUCAAUGUAGAAGUGACUUAAUUGCAGUAUACAAUAUUUUGGAGAACUGAAGAUUAAAAUACAGGAUGACUUGGGAGAAUAUUAAAUAGCCCUCUUUUAUGCAAAUGAGUUUCCUCUGCUGUAGUGACUUAUCCUGUCCUGGCCUGCACUUUAAAAAAAGCUUCCAUAGAUGAAAGGAGUUACAGAAGUCAGUAAUAAAUUUAGCUAUCAGAUCCUAGUUGUCAAGUUUAUUGCAACCACCUCUUUCAUUUCUCCUUGAGCGGGGUUCAUAAUCUUUGUCUGACUGUCCCUUUGGCAGUCCAGUGAAGCCUAUGGACCCCUUUUCAGAAUAAUGUUUUUAAAUACAUAAUAUACAUAGAAUUAUAAAGGAAACCAAUUAUAUUUAAAAACAAUUAUUGAAAUAUUUUUAAAGGUUUAUAGAAUUAAAAGUUGAGAACUCCUGUCCUAGAGGAAGAAAAAAGGUUAGACAAGAUAGAUACAUUCACUAAUAGUUUUUUUUAUAUUCAUUUUUAUAAAAGUAAUGUAAAUAUAUCUUGGCUUGAAAGCUUUUAGAACCCACCUCCAUCCUUGACUUGCCUGCUGACUUAUUCUUACAGUAAUUCAAGGCCAAGAAUUAAGUAGUGAGAGGAAAUCAUACGAUUUCCUAAGUAAUAUUUAUAAAAUGGUAAGCAGUGCACUGUGACACUUAGGAAUGAUAGAACUUAUCUUUUUUCUCUCCUCUUCUUUUUAUCCAUUUUCUUUUAAACAUCCCUGCCUCAUACUUAAUAAUAAUAGUAGUAAUCAGUUAGGAUAGAUACCUUAAUUGAGAUAUACUAAAUUUGAUGGGAUUAGAACAUAAAGGAGAAUUUCUUUAUAGCUCUUACAUAAACUUAAAAAAAAAUUUUAUCUGCUGUAACAGUAUAAAUUGGAAAUAAUCCAUAAUUCCUUAUCUGUGCCUGAAAUGACCUUAAAAACCACGUCACUGUUAACACCUAUGCACGUGUGUAUGUUUAAGCAUAUAUACACACAGUAGUAUACUUCACACAAUGAUUAAUUAUUGCACUAACUAAAUGAUCUGUGCACUAGAUGAAAAAUUUUGUGAAAAAUGAAAUAGGUCCAGGGAAGAAACAUCAACAUUCUGACCAUAAAGCUUAUCAUCUGUAAAUCAGAUUAUGUAAAACUCCUGUAUAUAUGUUUAACUCCACAUGGUCUAUAUAUUAACCCUUGUCAGACUAUCAGAUUUCAUUUUUAAAAGAUGGUAAAGGAUGCUGAUCUGCUUAAAUAAGGCUUCUGUCCUUUUUUUUUCCUCUUCCAGUCAAUUCAAUCUUUUGUGCUUUUUAAAAGCCACUGUUUCUGAGCAACUGUUCACUGUAAUUAAAACAUUACUUUGUCACAAUAUUUAUUCCUUAAGCCUUCUGUGACAUGCUAGAUUCCUGUGGAUGUAGCUGAUCGUUUUUAUUUUGUAAAUAUUACCUAACUUUACAUAAACUAUAUCAUAAUAAACUAUUUUUGCACCACCCUUUG